AUGUCUCUUCCUCGUAUCUCCUUCCUCGAAGGUUGGGAUCGCUACCCAGGCGGCCCCGUCCGUGCCCGAGACGCCGCGGCUCUAUCAGAUACGGAAUCAGAGUACGAUCUACCAGAACCGUCCCCGCUGUCGUCCUCCUUCCCCUCGACGUAUAGCAGACUUAAUUUCAACCCGUAUGCGGGACCAGGUUGGAACGAGAGUACUGACGAUCGUGAUGAUCACCCCUCCUUGUUUGGAUCCCUUCUCUCUCCUACGGCGACGCGGGACAGUCGAGUGGAGCCCCCAAGUGCCGACCUUGGCUUUGCCGCUGGUCCAGGGUCCAAGGAUCCUUGGUCGGUUACGAGGCCUGCUUACGAAGUGAGCCCCGCUAAGCGCAUCGCCCAGGUUUGUCUUGCUGUGAUCUAUUGUUUCCUGGCUGCGGGAAUUGUCUUUGGUUUUGCGGCCAUUAAACCAGUUCUAAUCCGCGAGAAUGUAUAUCGCAACCUCUGCUCGCAGGACGAGCUCGAGGAUGAUGUUGAUGUCUGCUAUGGUCAGGAAAUCAGGUUGAACCUCAUGUUCACCAUUGCCGCUGUGGCAACCAAUGUCUCUGCCCUCCCCGUAGGAACCAUUCUAGAUGCGUAUGGCCCUCGUGUAUGUGGCUUCAUUGGCAGCGUGUGUCUUGCUCUUGGAGCUGUGCUAUUCGCGCUCGCCGGCCAAUUGCCCUUUGAUGGGUAUAUCCCAGGAUAUCUAUUGCUCUCUCUGGGUGGUCCGUUCGUGUUCAUCUCAUCAUUCCAACUGUCCAACACAUUCCCCACACGGUCUGGGCUGAUCCUAUCCAUGCUUACUGGGGCUUUCGAUGCGUCAAGCGCCCUGUUCCUGCUAUUCAGACUUCUGAGCGAACACACAGAUGGCUACAUAUCAAGCCAAAAGUUCUUCCUAGCCUACCUGAUCGUCCCGGUAUUCAUUGUGACUGUCCAGAUUACAGUGAUGCCCAAGACAUCCUACAAGACAGCCGGCGAGCUAGUUCAAGAAGCAUCAGUGCACGUCGCCGACGAAAUGGCCGACCGCGUAGAUGGUACAAACCAAGAUGCCGAGCGGGAGCGGAUUGAUCGUCGCGCCCAACGCCAGAGCAUCGUAACCCAGAUCCAAGGCCUCCUAGACGACGGCACAUCAUCAAUUCGGUCUGGCGGGAUCAACGACUCUGUCUUCCAAUCCCCGAACAUUCAAUCACCGCGCCUUGGGCCCACUGAAGCGCCUCAGCCCGUACCCGUCCUCGCAAACACACCAAAUACCCACACAAGCGGCGUCUGGGGUGUUCUUCACGGCAAAAGCGCCCUUCAGCAACUUUGCACGCCCUGGUUCAUACUAAUAACCCUAUUCACGGUGCUCAUGAUGCUCCGAAUAAACUAUUUCGUCGCCUCCCUCCGCCAACAAUACAACUAUCUCCUUGACCCACUCCUAGCCCGCCAAAUCAACACAGCCUUCGAUAUCCUUCUCCCCGUCGGCGGUCUCUUUUCAAUUCCAUUCAUCGGCACAUUCCUUGACACUUUCAAAACCCGCACUGUCCUCACCAUCCUGGUGGCAACGGCUACCGCUAUUGGUGUUCUGGGAUGUAUUCCAAACAGUACGGAAGCUGCGUAUGGAAAUAUUUUGCUUUUCGUUCUCUAUCGUCCAUUCUAUUAUACCGCUGUGUCAGAUUACUCGGCAAAGGUCUUUGGAUUCCAGACGUUUGGCAAGGUUUAUGGGUUGAUCAUCUGUCUUGCUGGUGUUGGAAACUUUGCACAGGCCGGUUUGGAUACAUUGACGCUCAAGGCUUUCGGUGGUGAUCCUGUGCCCGUGAAUGUUGUUUUGACUCUUUUGGUUGCAGCCGUGGGGUGUGUGUUAGUUGUGUUUGUCUCUUGGAAGACGGCUGUAAUUGCGAAGGAGGGGAGUGGACCGGAGAUGAGGCCUAGUUUGAAUGCGAAUGCGAAUGCAAAUGCUAAUAGAAAUGGGGCUCAUCCGGAGGGUGUGUUGACGAUGGACUGGGAGACGAGAAGGCUUCUUUCUAACGAUAAUGAGCGAAGAGGUUAUGGGUCUUGA